AUGUCCACCCCGCGCAUCUUCCUCGCCCGCCAUGGCGAAACCGAAUGGACACUCAACGGCCGCCACACCGGCAUCUCCGAGAUCCCGCUGACCCCCCACGGCGAAACCCAGGUCAGUCAAGCCGGCCGAUCCCUCGUGGGCGCUGGCCGCCUCAUCGACCCCUCCCGCCUCACGCGGGUCUACAUCUCUCCCCGUGUCCGCGCGCAGCGCACUUUCAAGCUCCUGCUCCCCAGUGGCGCACCAGCGGGCACAGAGGUACGCACGACGGAGGACAUUGCGGAGUGGGGGUAUGGGCGGUAUGAGGGGUGGUUCCCUGCCCAGAUCCGCGAGGACCGUAAGGCGAGGGGGCUGGAUAAAGAGAGGCCGUUUGAUAUCUGGAGGGAUGGGUGUGAGGACGGGGAGGGACCGGAGGGGUUGAAGGGGGAGAGUGCGGCGGAGGUGAAGGAGCGGUUGGAUAGGGUUAUUGCGGAGAUCAAGGAGUUGCAGGGCCCGUAUAUGAGGGGCGAGAAGAAUGUGGAUGUGAUGUUGGUAUCCCACGGCCAUCUGCUGCGCGCGUUCACCAAGAGGUGGCUAGGCCUCGAGCUCGACUUUCCGCUCCAGAUGAUCCUGGAACCCGGUGGUAUCGCGACAUUGACCUACAACCACCACAGCGUCGAAGAACCAGCCUUCCUUCUCGGCGGCGUCUUCAAAGACCCAACCGCGGAUGUGGGGGGUACCGAGUAA